CGCUUCGGUGAACCCAUCGGCGAGCGGGCACGAUGCCGCGAGGUCAGGCUCGGGUGUUCGAGGAUGGGGGGGAGGACGAGAAUCUGAAGGCGCAGAAGAGAUGUUGCGUGUACAAGUACAUCCGCAUGGGACAAAGUCUCGGCGAGAGAUUUCGCGGCAAUCGCAUGUUGAAGUGCGUUUUCUGCGGGCACGAGUUCCAGGGCAACCAGUUCGUGGCGGCGCGCCAUUUCCGCCAGGGCAAGGGAUGUCCGGAAGUGACCGACAAGGCACUUGUCGACAUCCACUACAACAGUGAGUACAAGAUGUCCGACAAGUUCCUACAGCGGAUCCAGCAGUUUGAGGAGUUUCACGGUCCGACACCUGCGAUGGAUCCGCGACGGGACGAGGGGGGUCAGGGAGAGAUGAGGGACGCGGAGAAGCAGAUCGACGUGCAGCAGAGCCAGUACUUUGCGUCGGCGCACGUGUCGGUUGGUACACGGGCAGGUGCUGAUACAGCUGAGGCGGGUCCGUCUGCGGGGAAGAGGAAGGAGAGAGAGGAGGGGGUGCGACCGACGGCAGCAGCCGCAGCACAGAAGAGGCUGUGGCAGAACACGAUCACGGAGUCAUUCUCUUCAAAGUGGCAGAUGGAGUUCAAGAAGAAGUGGCUGCGGUUUGUGCACAGUCAGCGCCUGGCGUUCAACGUCUUCCGGAGUGAGCCGUGGUUGGACGUCGUCCGGCACUUCAGGGAUUUGUCGGGGCCAGUGAAGGUGUUGUGGCCUUCAGAGAACGAGAUUGCGGACAUAGAGACCAUUGUCCACACGGCGGACGAUGUGGGAGCUGAUCUCGCGGAGGUCAGGGCUCCUUUCUAUGUCACGGGGGCCACCAUUAUGUCAGACGGAAGGAAGUCACGCGAUGCUAGACCCAUCGUUAACUUCCUUGUCGGCGGGUCGCGUGGGGUGAUGCUCGUCCGGACGACGAACAGGGAGGUGAGGUCAGCAUUGGAGAGGACGGUGGAUGGCGAUACUUGGGGUAUGGUCCCUUGGGACCAUUCCGUUCGUCAGUUGGCUAAGUGGGUCAGGUGGCAGGUGCGGCAUGGCAGUUGGUGGGAUUCCAUGGGCGUCUUGUUCCGCAUCAUGGAUCCUGUGUACGACCUGCUGCGCAGGUUGGACCGCGGAGGGCUGCACAUGUCGUGGGUGGUUGAGUGGACACAGGAUCUGGCCCGCUGUGUAGCAGAGGAGGUUUGUGCACUUCCGGCAGAUCUUGCACACUACAUUGUGCGGAGAGUGCAGGCUCGAUGCGCUCACAUGCUGGAGCCGGCGCACGCCGCUGCUCACCUUCUCUGUCCCAACCGACAGGACUUGCGGUACUUCGAGGGUGUGGUCAGCGACUACGACGCGAGCUUGGUGAGGGAGGCAGAGUCUUACAUCUUGUCGCAGACAGGGUUCAGUGUGGCGAGCCGCGACUACGAGACCGCAUGUGCACAGUUGCGCGACUUCCACACACGGAGGGGGACGAUUGCUUGGGGGGGGAGAGACGGAGACAGAGAUACACAGAGGUGCAUGGGCGAUGCGGAGACGUACGAGUCCGGGUGUUGGUGGUCGAGGUACGGGCAGUGCGCCCCGCAGUUGCAGGUUAUCGCUCUUCGUACGAAGAAGCGUAACCGGCUUGAGUUCGAGAAGGUCGCGAAGUUGGUUGAGAUCUCAGCCAACGUCUGCCUUCUCUCUCAUCAGCGGGCAGGCCGCGAGUUCGCGUUGCCGUGGACUCUAGAUGAGUCAUUGUUGGACGUGGAGGGAGGUAUCGGAAUUCGCCCCUCGUGGAAGGGGACGGACGAGAGCAGGACGCGGGAGGAGCUCGAGGAGCAGAGACGUUCAUGGCAGCGAGACCCAUGUGGAUCCAGAGCUCCUCCGGGUGAUGUGGGCGAUGUUUUUGGGACUCGAGCCGCCACAUUGCACCCGUACCCUCGAGACGACAGUGAUUCCGAGGGUGACGAGGACGAGGACGAGUCCGCGGGCCCCGCUACCGCCACUCCUACGGCGGAUGAGCGCGAUGAGUGGAGCGACCCAAAGGACGUCCGUAGACGGAGUGGCGGAGAUGACCUGUUCGUUCCAAUUGAUUUGGAGGAGGAGUCUGGGGGUCGUCAUGGGAGCCCUGUAAAGCGUCCGAGGCCUACGUCCACUGGCCCGCUUCCCGCUGAGUGGGAGAAAAAUCCUGGGUCUGCACCUUCGAGGGGGGCAGAGUCGGGGAUUGGCCAUCGUCCUCUGGGUCGCUCUGGCACGGCAUCAUCCACCGCUCUUCCCACUUCGACGGAGGAGCUUCAUCGACAACCAGCCGGUGCAGAUCGAUACCAGAGAUUGGUGAGGGGCCCGAGACAGCGAUUGAAGGACAGAUUAGAGGGUGGUCCUUCACCGGUGCAGAGGGACGACGGAGAUAGACAAGGGUUGGUUGGUGGAGAUGGUGGUGCGUUGGCCGGAGGUGGAGGCGGUGCCGAGGUUGCUGCGGCGUUUGAGGGGAUACUGAUGGGCGGCGGAUGCGGUUUCAAGGGGGAUGAGGACCGGACACCCCCUGGAGAGACAUAUGAGGAGAGGCUGGAUAGGCUUGAUAGUCGUCGAGCUGCCCUCAUGGCACAGAGGGACCCCAGAACGCAGGAGCUCGCCUGUCUUGCGGCCGAGGACCGACGGAGGCAGCUAGGGACAUUUACGCCGGCGUCCGUGGACGUGGGGCCAGCUGCCCACACGGAUCCUCCGACAGAGGUUCAUGACACCACGCAGCGGGAGGCGGCUUCGGCAGAGGUAUCGAGUACGGGAGUAGAUGUUCAACAGGGGACGCACGAGAGCGGGUUGGCACCGAUAGAGGAGCCACGUUCGGAGCCGGCGCAGCCUCCUGCCGUCCAGCUGAGGCCUGAGGAGACAUUGCAGGAGGUCGCGGGCGUGCCUCUGCCCGCGGGUUCAGUUGAGGGUGCCAUGCAGAUAUCCCCGGGUCUGGAGGACAUACAAACGGGGCAGUCAGUGGGCGUUGAUGAUAUUCGCCCAUCGGCACAGGCGGAGGGGAUAGCGCCGACCACCGGGGGGGACAGGGCCGUAGUGGGGGCCGUUGGUGUUGGCGAGUUGGGGGUGCCGUCCGCGGCCGAUCCGAUGUCCACGUCUGGCGGGGAGGACCCCGCACAGGUGGAUAGGCGUGACGCGGACGGGCAGGAGAUACCACAAACUUUGGUGGUUCGCACUGCUGUGGGGCCAGUGGUGCCGCAUCAGGCACCGUUUUUGGAGGGUUAUAGGCGUCGUGCACAUGGCGGCGGCCCGGUCCAGGAGCGACGUGUAGGCAGGGGUGCGUGCAUACCCCCGGUCCCUACUUUUGUGCCGUCACAGACGAGGCCGGAGAUUAGGCAUGUGGCUACGCCUCGGGGCAGCCUCCCUUUUGGUUUUAUGACCGCUGAGGAGUUGGAGGACCAUGGCAGGAGGGAUUUGACGGAGAUCGACCAGCGCAUUUUGAGGUCAGUCCCAGAGGAGGGGAAGUUGCCUCACGUGCAGGACUUAUCUUGGGGGCCAGCCAGCCCCAGCUUACCUUCUGGGUGUUCCAUCGCAGCGCCAUCUGGCGGGGCUGCUGGGGGCUUACCUUCUGGAGGUUCCGUCGCAGUGGCAUAUGGCGGGGCCGCAGGGGACUUACCUUCUGGAGGUUCGGUCGCAACGCCAUCUGGAGGCGCCGCAGGCCCUUCGUCACCCUUGACCGCAGCUCCGAGGGAGGGCGGCAGUCUCACCCCGAGGUCAGUUGACCGUAGACGGAGAGACACUACCAAGUGUGCGCGGGAGUUGUUGGACACCAUGUUCAGUCACACAGAUCGACCAUGGAGCGAGGCGAGACGGGUGACGACGGCGAGUGUCGGUCGUCAGCCAAGUUUGAGAGGGGCUUCCACGGCCGUGAGACAUCAAGAUGUUGUAGCUUCAGGGUUUGGUGGUAGAGGCGGUGGUGGCGGUGGCAGCGGUGGCCAGGGCGACGACAUACGUGAGGGUGCAGGCGUUGCCGCAGCGAGCGCAGUGGAUCCGCCCUUGACGUACGGUUUGAGAGAGGCGUCAAUUAUUUUGCAUGAGCCUGACGUUGUUACACGACCGAGGCAGGAGACACGUGCCAUUAGAUCGACGCCAGGAGGGGGAGACUUCAGGGACAGACGGUCUACCUAUGGCAUGCGAGUCACGCCGACGUGAUGACCUAGCAGCCGCAGGUGUAGGCAGGACGUUGAGAGGCAAGAGACUC